AAAAGAAAUAAUUUCGGCAUUUUUUUAUUAAAUUUUUCAUUAUAAAAACCAUUGGAGAAGAUCCAUAUAUUUCAUAGACCAACGGCAAUCCUACGUACCUCUUCCUUUAUUUCCUUGGUUUUACUUCUUUCUCUGUUAUUAUCUUUCUUUUUCCUUCUUUUUAGCGUCUGAGUUCCUCUGAUUUUAUUAGUUUCGCGUAAAAAAAUUGGAUUAACACUCUGAUUUUCUGGUUGAUUUUCGGCUUGUUUCCAGCUUUGGGUUUUCAUUAGUUCCUCCUUUUAUUUUGAAUUAAGUUUGUUUUCUUUGUUUUAUUCUCUGGUUCUGUCAAUGGGCGUGGGUGAGUGUCAUUUCUGUAUUGAGCUCGAGAAUGGAACGGAAAUGGGUGGAAAUGACUUUGGUUUGGAGAAGGAGACACAAACUAUAGCCAUUGAAGACGCUGUUAAAGUUCUGUUGCAGGGCUUGGGUGAAGAUAUCAACCGAGAAGGCAUUAAGAAAACUCCUCUUCGUGUCGCCAAGGCACUUCGAGAAGGGACAAUAGGUUACAAACAAAAAGUGAAGGAUAUCGUUCAGGGAGCUUUAUUCCCUGAAGUGGGUUUGCAUGAUGGAGUUGGUCAUGCCGGGGGAGCAGGUGGGCUUGUGAUUGUUCGAGAUCUCGAUUUCUUCUCGUAUUGUGAGUCGUGCUUGCUCCCGUUUCAAGUCAAAUGUCAUGUAGGUUACGUGCCAUCGGGUGAGCGUGUCGUCGGGUUAAGCAAACUGUCUAGGGUAGCCGGUGUAUUUGCAAAACGACUGCAAGAUCCACAGCGUCUAGCAGAUGAAAUAUGUUCAGCUCUGCACCUUGGAAUCAAUCCAGCAGGGGUUGCUGUAAUACUCCAGUGUUUGCACAUUCAUUUCCCAAAUCUGGACUCAGUCUGCCAUGACUCAAAGCAUCAAGGAUGGAUAAAAGUUCAUGUCUCUUCAGGUUCAGGGGUUUUCGAAAACGAAAACUCCCAUGCUUGGGGUGACUUUAUGGGACUCUUGAAAUUCAGAGGUGUAGCUGUGGAGAAAUUUCCAACAAGGGACUCUAUGACAAAAAGUUGGUGCCCUUCCUAUGGUUCUUCUGAGAUUGUAGCAGCCAACCCCGGAAUGGUUGCUGCAGUAGCUUCAAUACUCAGAUCUUUAGGUGAGGAUCCAUCAAGGAAGGAGCUUGUUGAAACUCCAUGCCAUUUCGUGAACUGGUUGAUGAACUUUCAGAACACGAAGUUGGAGAUGGCGUUGAAUGGCUUCACUUGUGGCGAAUGCUCCCACAAUCAUCAACAGAUGCAUUCAGAGUUGAACUUAUCAUUUUGGUCUCAAUGUGAGCAUCACUUGCUUCCUUUCCAUGGUGUGGUCCAUGUAGGAUACCUGUGUCCUGAAGGAUCUAAACCCAUUGAAAAGUCAGUUGUGCAGUCAAUAGUACAUUAUUAUGGAUUCAAGCUACAGGUGCAAGAAAGACUGAGUAGGCAAAUAGCAGAGACGGUUUCAUCAAUCACAGGUGGUGAUGCCAUGGUAGUUGUGGAGGCUUACCACACUUGCAUGAUUUCUAGAGGGAUCGAGAAGUUUGGAAGUAACACGGCCACUGUUGCUGUGACGGGUCGAUUUUCAACCGACCCAGCUGCUAGGGCUAUGUUUCUGGACAUCAUUCCAAACAUUGCAACAUCUGGAAUUGCAGUUAAAACCUGAAGUUCUUUGCCAGGGCUAAUACAUCAUGUCAGUCUGCCUCAUUUUCAUGCUUUUUUCAGUGUGUAGAAACGUGGUCUUAUUUGUAUUGUGUAUAAUUUCUUCCUGAAUUGCUAAAUUGUACCAGCCUGCGUAUGUCCCACUUGAUUGUUUGUCUCAGAAGAUCGACAUCGAGGUCUUCUUAUGUUGUUCUUAGUAAAAUAAAUAAACCCCCCCUAGAAAA